AUGUCUGAAACAUGGGACAUGUACGGUAGGCUGGGUGCUAUCGAUAAGACCGUCGCGCUGGGACUGAGACGACGACUAGGACCAUCACUGGUCCAUAUCGGACAUGCCGGGCACUUGCGUAAUGCUCUUCACCAUGCUUCACUUGAUCGUCCUCGCUCUCCAAUCGCGCCGACGAGGACGUUGCGGGCGUUCAGUGACGAAACCCAUCUCCUGGGCCCUGCAUGCUCUGCUCCGCAGAGAGGCGAAGCUUUUCUUUUGGGCGGACGGGUACUUCGGACAUGUGCGAGAGCGUCGGCGGUGCCGCCAGCAGUCGACCGUCACCGCCUUGCACCGCCUGCCCUGCCUGCACCGCCGCAACAGCGCAUCAUGUGCUCCGGCCACAUGAGUGAAGUGGCGCACCGCAUCACCGCAUUGCCAGCAGCAGCAUCACCGACAGCAGAAGCAUCGUCAGCUCAAGCAACGUCAACCUGUAGACUGCCCAAGACUACCUCGACUACACCCACUCGCAAGACUCUGCCAGCAACACACCCCUUGACAAGCGCAGAAAGCCUUCACCCAUCCCUUGCACCCCCCGGCCCCCCCGAAAAGGGUAUCAAAGCCGCUGCGGUCCCCUCUCCAUCUGGACGCCCAGGGAAAGCUUCUGGAAUCCGUGUCAUGUUGCAACACCACAUGCUCGACACUCCGCCAACGGCGUCUAGUCCACCCCGUCUAGGUGCUGCUGCUGUCCUUCACGGCCGCCUGUUACGGCCGGCCGGCCCCCGUGUGCUCUUGCUGAUCAAGCGCCUCGUUGCUUCUCAUCUCCGGCCAUGCAUGUCCAAAUCGUCAUUUGCACAUUGUGCCCGCCAUGAGCAGCCCGUCGCAAUCUUCGCUCACGCCUAUCCACGUGUGCACAACGCUUUCGCCGUGCCCGUCGGUCAGCUUAGAUCCGACUAA